CGCAAACACGGAGUUGUACUUUGGAGCUAUGGCUCAAAGUGUUUCUGUUGGAUUUACGCUAAAAGUUAGGAUGGCACGAGUUUUUCUGUCUUUGCUGCUUUUGGACUUUCACCUUGGCUUGGCAGCCCCAAACAAUGUGCUCCUCUCUGAGAAGACAGCCGACAGCUUCCUCAAGAGACACAAACGUGAGAACACUGGGAGGUUCGAGGAGUUUCUGCCGGGAAACCUGGAAAGAGAAUGUAUAGAAGAGAAAUGUAACCUGGAAGAAGCCAGGGAGAUAUUUGAGAAUGAUGAAAAGACUAUGGCAUUUUGGUCAAGAUAUGUAGAUGGCAAUCAGUGCGCAUCGAGCCCAUGUCUGAACCAGGGGUCAUGCAAAGACCAUCUGGGCUACUACAUCUGCACAUGUGUGUCUGGCUUCACUGGCACAAACUGUGAGAUCGUCUUACAAAAAAGAUGUGACGUAAACAAUGGAGACUGCAAACACUUCUGUGGCACAAUAGGAAACUUUGGGGCAAAAUGCUUCUGCGCGACAGGAUAUGAGUUGAUGUCGGAUGGGGUCAGCUGUGAAGCAACAGUUGAAUUCCCCUGUGGGAAAACUGGACUAACCGUUGUGAAGCCAGUCAUAAGGUCUUUCUACAACCCUGGGCUUUCAGACCACCUGAAUGCCACAUCUCCAACCAACAUGACUCUUACAGCAGCAGCCAGCACCACAGAGCCAGAUCUGGAUUCGUAUGACUAUGACGACUUUGGUCAGAAUCAGUCUCUUAGUGACCUGCUUUUAUGGGAAUCCAAUCACUCUGAAAACAUCUCUUUGGAGCCACAAAUACCUUUCAAACGUAUAGUUGGUGGGAGGUCAGCCGCUCCAGGAGAGAUUCCCUGGCAGGUACCGUUUAGACGCACAGAUAUCAGGGACAUUGUGGCAUCCUGCACAACAUUCUGUUUCUAUCCCCUAGUCUGUUCAUCAGUUUCAUUUUUCCAGGUCGGACUGAUAGCAAAGCCCAGUGGUCAGUUAUUUUGUGGGGGCUCCAUCCUCUCAGAGCGUUGGGUCAUCACUGCUGCUCAUUGUCUGAAGGAGGCGUCCGGCUCCUUCUCAGUCAGAGUGGGGGAACAUAAUACUCAAAUCACGGAGGGCCGAGAGCAAGACUAUGAGGUGUUGGAGAAACACGCACACCCACGCUACAACGCAACCUUAAACACGUACAACCACGACAUUGCCUUGCUCUACCUCAAAGACCCCAUCAGCUUCUCAGCAAUGGUCCGACCGAUCUGCAUCGGGCCCAUGGCUUUCAUCGAGGCCUUAAUGAAGCAACCUUCCCCGGCUACGGUGAGCGGCUGGGGCCGCACUCGCUUCCUGGGGUUCACUUCCAACAUUCUGCAGAAGAUUGAGGUUCCCUUCAUAGAUCAGACUGAGUGUAAAAAAAGCAGCAACGAAAGGAUCACUCCUGUCAUGUUCUGCGCUGGAUUCUACAAUGUGGCCAAAGACGCCUGUCAGGGCGACAGCGGAGGUCCUCAUGCAAAGAGCUACCGGGACACUUGGUUCCUGACGGGGAUUGUGAGCUGGGGGGAGGAAUGUGCAAAAGAAGGGAAGUACGGCGUGUACACCCGGGUUUCUGUUUACUACAGCUGGAUAAAGUAUGUGAUGAGUGUAACUAAGCGCAGGCUGGGUUCAGAUGUGGAAUACCCAGACUCAUGACUGUGCAUGGAUGUUGAUAUACAGCGCAGGCCACAUUUUUGGCACAUCAAUUAGCAAAUCACCUCAAAAUAAAUCAAUCUUUCAUUA